AUGCAUACACCAACUAAUUUUGACCAAACUGAUCACUCUGAAACUGCCCACUACGACGAUGCUGAAACUGAUGAAUACUUAAGUGACUCAAACAGUUAUACUGAUAAUAGAUCUGACUUAGGGUCAGAUAAUUAUAAUGACUAUGAGUCUAAUUAUGAGUCGGAUAAUGAAGGAGCUCCCUGCGCUUCAACAAGCACUAUCAAGACUCCAUUGGACUUGCUAAAUGCCAUUCAAGAAAUUUUCCUAUCACCACCUAGAGAUAUGUCAGAUAAAAAGGGGUCUAGUUUAUAUAAUGCUUAUGACCGGGAUGAAGUGAAAGAUAAAUUGGUUAUCAAAAUCGACCAAGACGGUGAUCGUGCCCCAAAGUUUUCUGUUGCAGAUGACAUUUCAGAAAAGGAUAUGGAAACAACUGGUGUUAAGACGCAAAAAGUAUUCAUUCGAAUCUGCCUAUCUUUCAUAAGAGCUUUGUAUCAAAUUCUUGACUGUAGUUGGGAAAGUAUUCUUAAUGGAUUAGUAAUUGCUACAUCUUCAGAUUCUAGCAAGUGUAGCUACCACGUUUUAUAUGCACUGGCUCUCCUUAUCGAUCAUCAUGAACUCAAAGCAUUCACAGAAUUAGUAUAUACCUUAACCGGUGAAAAAUUCAGCAAAUACAUUGAUAAAGGAUUGCCUGGUCAAAAUUUUAACCUUCACUUAAUUAGUUCGGCAAAAAAAGUUCAACCACCUACUAGCUUAGAGCUUAAAGUAAGACCUCAAAUGCUUAGUACAGAAAAAAAUAAUAAUCCACUAAGAAUAUCCAUGGGUCAAGAUGUAUUACAGAAAUUCGUAAAUCUAGUUUUGCGGAAGUAUUCUAACUAUCUUAGGAAUUGGACUAUCGAAGAAAAGGACUCAGAAAACUUCAAUGAACAAAUUAAUCGUGGAUUGGCGUAG